UAUUGAGUCAUUCAUGCAAAAAAUCGCAUUUAUACUGAUAUUUACAUAAUCUGAAUGUUUAUUGAAGUGAAUUUAUUGUGUCAUACUUUCGAUACAAGGAUUUUGGUCAAUCGUAAAUAAAUUACAUGUAAAGGGAUAUAUUUAUAUUCUAAUUCUUUUGUUAUUAAGCGAGUGAGACAAGUGUAUUAAGUACUUUUUUGUACAUCAAUAUGACACUCUUCCGGAUUAAGCCAUUCCCAGCUUACAUGUUCAUGUAUUGAAGUUAUUUGUUAGGUGGAUCUAAAUAUGGAAUAUAACUCAAUGCUACCAGACAUUCCGUCAAACAUGUCAGAGGUGACAUUAAAGAAAGGCUUUGAUGAUUUCCACGAAGAUACAGUUUGCAGUAAUACAGAUUUUGUGGUGCGUCACUUGGUCAGGCCGGCUGUGGAAGCGACGUUUCAUGCCUAUAUUCGGAACUGUACCCCUAAAUCAGAGCAAAUCCUUGUAAACCAGUGGUCUCUGUGUACUCCUGAACAUGACUUCAACUGUGAAAGUGUCUAUUCUUACACGAGCCAAUGUAAAUCUUAUCGCGAGUCGUCCCACUGCGGUUACACAACUACAACAUCUAAGUCCAGCUCGAUGGAUCGACUAAUGGAGGACAGCAGUGGCGUGCUGCUGCUUGUAGGACUUGUGUUUAUUGGUGUUCUUCUGGGUGUGGCAUCAACAGUCGCUGUCUGUCUCAUGUGUCCGCAAACUCACAGGUGGGCAAAUUCAAAAUUACGGAACACUCCUGAAUAUGAAGCUAAGACAAGGGCAUCUGUUACCAGUGAUUAUUACACAGCCAUUCAUGAUAAUAACGUCACACUACAGCUACGUCCGGUACGCUCUCCAGAUCUCCCAUCAAAUACAGACACCAGCAGACAGCGGCGUCCAUCCACACAACGUGACUUUGAUGACCCCAAUUAUGUUGAACCGGCUACACGAGCUUCUCCUUCGCCACAUCCUGGGUUUCAACCAGGUGCAGCAGACGAUUCUUCACACGUUAAUGGCCCAGGCGAGACUUACGAACCACUCACUAGGAACAAUACCCACAAUCAAAGUCAUAAUUACGCGCACAUUGACCCAAUGGCACCAUGCACACCGGGCUCGCCAGAUAAUGAACAUUCGUAUUUCGUUUUAGAAAAAUCUACUUGAGCAUAUGUAUGUACAACCAUGAAAUAGCAGGGAAUCGGUCUUUAAAGACUAAGUCAGGGCUGAAACCAAUGUUGUAAUAACUCGUAGCCCAAUCCAUUUGAUGAUGUUACUUAUUAUGUAUUGUUACGUGUUUUGCCUUGCUUUACAUGCACCACUAUGUGUUUAAAGGCAAUGAACUAUUAGUGAAAGGUGAUUCAUAUCAGGGUCUUUACAAUGUAAUUAUGUAAGACAAUAUUUGAAAUAUUUCUGCUUAUAAGCUGUUUUAAACUAUGUGUAGGUAUUAAUAAAAAAAACAAAGCAAUUUGAAACUUAAAGUGUGAAUCCAAGGUCCCGAAAGCAAUUAGUACUAAAGGGAAGUCACUAAUUCAUAGUCUUGCCCGUAAAAAUCAGAAGUCAUGUAAGUCAUCGCCAGCAUCAGGCUCAACAUGGAAACUUUCAAGGAUCAUACCUGCAUCGGAAUCAACCCAUAG